CCGCCGACUAUCAUCGCUAAUAUCUGCUGCACAAAACCUUCAGCCCACUUUUAGUUCCAUGCUCUCCGCAAAAUGAUGGCCAAGGACAAGGGUCUGGCUAUAGCCGGAUCGGCAGCUCCGUUGCCAGCCACCAUUGACCACGAGUGGUCUGCCGAGGAGGAGCUUCAACUCUUUCACGCCAUGGAGGGUCUGCGCCCGGUCGGAAUCAACAAGCACUUCUACAUGUCCUGCAUCGCCCAGCGUUUGUCCAAGUCCCUGAACCGCGAGAUGCCCAGCGAGCUGAUCUGGCGCCACCUGGGCACCAUGUACAAACUGAAGGAACUGGACGACCUCGAGUCCUUGCCCUUCCCUAACGAGGAGCGUGAGUUUAGUCUGCCGGAGCAGGAUUACGGAACGCUGCAGACCAAAAAAACGGUGGAGGUUAAUGGCAGCGAGGAAGCUGGAGAGGCACAGCAAUCACUCAAUAACACUGCAGUCAGUGAGAGCAAUGGAAAAGCUCCACCUGCUACCAAAGUCCCCGUUCCGGCUAAUUCUACUAAAGAUUCCGAUAAGAAGGCCGUCUCCAAGCCCCAGGAGCUGCCCAAGCGUCCUGCCAAGCGUACCCGCGGAUCCAUUUCCAAUGAAUCCAUAAGUCCCUCUACCACUCCGCCGCCGGUGCAAAGCAACAAGCGCCGUCGCAUCUAGGUACUCCCCACUCGAAUGGACGAUUGUUAUGACACGUUUUAGUCCACUAGCUUUACUGUACAUUAAUAAAAAGAUUUAUUCUUCGAA